AUGGCCAAUAAUAAGACAAUCAGAUUGGAUCCAAUGUGUGUAACGUUGGCGGAUAUUCAAAGAGGUAUUACUAUGAACAAACAGUUGGGCGAACUCAAAACUUUUGCGAAAACAGUAAAAUCCGCACACUCCUUGGUUGAUUCUGCUAAAUACCGGCCUAAACAUAUUAAAGUAACACUCCAAAAAACUAGCGAAAUUCUACUUUUCGAACAACGUAGCUUAACUGUACUGGCAGAUACUGAAGAAGGCAAAGCAGUUUCAGAGGACAAUGAACGCUAUGACUACUUAACUUCUGCUCAGGGUAGGCGGCGUCGCACAAUCGACGCCGAAGCACAAACUACCGCACUUCUCUACAAAAGUCGCGAUGUGAACACCGAACGCAUUCGCACUGACAAUGUUGCCUCAUAUGUGUCGAAUUUUGAAAUGUUCGACACCUAUAAAGAUUUACAGGCUACAACGAAAAGUGUUGAGUUGGAUGAGCAUAAGAAAAUGGAAAUCACCACCUAUAAAGUGGAAGGCAAGGAUACAUUCAUCGACAUUAACCAACAGCAAAGUUUCCGCUUGGCGCUUAUGUUAACCAUGCGUGUGCUUGCGGGCAAUGUAUUCGAGCAUCAACAGCGACGGUUUCGUAAUAUGCGCAUGCCAGAUCCGCUGACUGCACAAGUUAACUACCGUUAUCGGGUAGAGCUGCUUUGGCGAUUCCAAUUGCCACACACAUUGGCCGGUGAUCAGCAAAAGGCUGUUGCCGAUCUUAGCUGGUGUCCACACAAUGGUGACUUACUAGCCGUGGCAUAUGGCGUCUAUACAUUCAGAGAUGACAAUGCGAACGCAGAUGGUUGUGUAUGUAUUUGGAGUAUAAAAAACCCGAUCAAUCCAGAAAGGUACUACAAAUACGAAAUUCCAGUCAUGACCGUAGAGUUUUCUCCUUAUAAUCCACAAUUACUAGCCGUCGGAUUGUCGAAUGGCACAAUUGAAGUGCUGAACAUAACUGAGCUCGAAGCACCUCCUAUAGCCAUUACAGAUCGCCGCACUCUACAUAAUUGUGAGCCAAUUGUGGCUAUAAAAUGGAUUACGCAAAAUAAACGGAUUGACGGAAAUUACUCCGUCGAACCCUUUUUGGCGCUCUCCCGUGAUGGUUCCGUAACAAAAUAUAGUAUCAUUAAUAGUCCACACUUAUUGGCGAAUCAGCUCGUUUUGUUGGAUCGCAUCGAAGCCAAACCUGAGGGUAUACAGUUGGAGAGAGCGCGUGAGCUUCUGCAAGCUAAUCGUCAUCCACAGGGCUUGAACCUAUGUUUAAGUCCCACACAAGCCGAUAUUUACUAUGUACUUACCGACGAGGGCUGUCUACAUAAGUGCUCAACACACUAUCCGCGCCAACACUUGAGCGUACUGCAAGUGCAGGAAGCCGGUGCCAAUGCAAUGGACUAUUCGCCGUGGUCACCGAAACUCUAUUUAACCUGUGGCAAUGAUUGGUCAGUAAGAAUUUGGUUGGAUGAUAUUUUCCAGCCGAUAAUCACAUUAAAGCACCAAGUACAGCCUAUACACUGCGCAUUCUGGAGUCGUACACAUUCCACAGUUAUCGUUUCAUUGAGUCGUAACUCGGUUGAUGUUUGGGAUAUCAAGCAAAGCAUAUUGAGGCCAAUGUCAUCUACAAGAUUAAAUGGUGAAAAUUAUACGUGUUGCAAAUUAUCGCUUUGUAGUCGCUCAUUAGCUGUAGGCAAUGAAGCUGGAAGCGUUUUGAUGAUGGCUUUCGAAGAUAUGCCAUUUCCGGCAUACUAUCAGUACGAUCAAUUGGAAAAAUCAAUUCUCAGCUUGCUGUCCAAUGAUAAAAAGAUGAAACAUAAGGUGAAGAGUAUCGGCUUCUUUGGAUAUCCAGAACAUGUUAGAUUUAGACCAAAAAAACGUAGUAAAAGGCGUAAAAAACCACAACAGGGUACGCACUAA